AGACCCUGGAGUGACAUUUGAAAUAUGUUUGCAUGGGGACAGUUUGAGAUAUAUAUUUUUAAGCGUAAUUGACUGGAUGAAGGAAGGAAAAAUGUGCUUUCGUGGACUUCCUGCUUAACCAAUUAUGACAUGUUUAUUGUUUUAACUCGAAAUCACGUCCGAACUGCCCUAUAAUUAACAGAACAUUGAGAUCAAACACUAUAAAAGCCACAGGGAGAAAGCCAGAGAUACAUGCUCCUCUCUCAAUCUUCAGCUGAGAACAAAACAAUGAAGUGCCUUUGGUUUUCGGUCUUAUUUGUUACACUUUGUAUUUCUUCUGCUGUUCCACUGCUUUCAGAAGUAGAGAAAAACGAAGAGGACUGGCAAUUUGCAGAGACAUAUUUGAACAGGUUUUACAAGCUUGAAGCCAGCGUACCAAAAGAUACAACCAAGGUGCCAAUAAACUAUGUAUCAAAGAGGUCCCUAUCAGAUAAGAUUAAGAGAAUGCAAGAAUUUUUUGGCCUUAGGGUAACUGGAAAUCUGGAUUCUGCAACAAUGGAAGUGAUGGAAAAGCCUCGAUGUGGAGUCCCUGAUGUUGCUGAAUACAAUCUCUUUCCCAGGAAGAUUAAAUGGAUGAAAAAUAAUCUCACAUACAGAAUUACAAACUACACCCCAGGUCUUCAAUCGGAUCAUGUGGACACUGCAAUUUGGAAAGCUUUUACAGUCUGGUCUGAUGUCACACCAUUGAAUUUCACAAGAAUCUAUGAAGAAAAAGCCGAUAUCAUGAUUUCUUUUGGAGGUCAAGAACACGGUGAUAAUUAUCCCUUUGAUGGACCUGAUGGAUUAUUGGCCCAUGCUUUUCCCCCUGCAGCUGGCAUUGGAGGGGACACUCACUUCGAUGCAGAUGAGACCUGGACAAUGGGACCGAAUGGCUAUAGCCUGUUCCUUGUGGCUGCCCAUGAAUUUGGCCACGCACUGGGACUCGCUCACUCUCGUGAUCCCGGAGCAUUAAUGUACCCGACCUAUUCAUACACCAGUAUGGAUGAGUUCCGCCUUUCUUGGGAUGAUGUCAAGGGAAUCCAGGCUCUGUACGGUGAAUCAAAAAAGAUGCUGAGGAAACACAGCUCACCACAAAAGACACCAAACAGAUGCAGUCAUAAGUUGUCAUUUGAUGCGGUUGCAAAUUUUCGUGGAGAGAUGUUUUUCUUCAAAGAUAGGUUCUUCUGGAGGAGAAAUGCACAACUGCCUGAGGUUGAAUUGACUUUAAUUCGAUCAUUCUGGCCCAAGUUACCCGCACGGAUCAAUGCUGCGUAUGAAAAUCGGAAGGGGGAUUUCCUGGUUGUUAUUAAUCGAAACAAAUACUGGGCCAUCAAUGGCUACGAUAUCAUGCCAGGUUAUCCAAAGUACAUCCAUCGAUUGGGUAUUCCAAAAUCCGUCAGGAAAAUCGAUGCAGCUGCUCACAUUGAGGAGACAUCAAAGACACUGUUCUUUGCAGGAGACCAGUACUGGAGUUAUGAUGAAGCUAAAAGAGCCAUGGACGAAGGUUACCCACACCUGAUAGCAGAUGACUGGCCAGGAAUCUCUGGGAGGGUUGAUGCAGCGUUUGCACAGCGUGGGUAUAUUUAUUUUUUCCAUGGACCGAAUGAGUUCCUGUUCACCAUCAGACAGCGGCAAAUGAUUUCAGUACAGAGAAUCAAUCAAUGGGUGGGCUGUUGAUAAAUGCAUUAUUAAGCUGGUAGUGUUCUCUGUCCCAAGCCAUUGUGAAUAGAUUAUGUGCAAUAGCCUUCUCAGCAGGGCUCUUUAGGCUGUUCUAAAAUGUUAUCACAAUCUAAUGUAAUUAUUGUAAA